AUGGAAUGUAUAAAGGUCUUUGCAUCUCCGCGGACCGGACCAUGCUCCCGGUACCUCUGUGUGGCUAGAGCUCAAAGACUUCAACAGGACUCUGCAUUCAACACGACAAUUGGUUUGUCAAUUGUUUGCCAGUCACGUCCAGCCAUGGCCUCGAAAGCAGUUGAAGGUCCCUUCAGGGAUUCGACUAAAGAGGUCAACACCAUCCAGACCCAAGCUGCUACCGACACUUCAGCUUCGUCUUUGAAAGAGCAGGUCGCCCAGCAGUACGGGUCCACCGACGAACAUGUCUUCUCAGAUCCCAGCAUCGCCGACCACUGGCGGAAGGUCUACGAAAAGGCUUCGUACGAGAACCGUCACCGUUUCGAUCCCAACUACACAUGGUCGGCCGAGGAUGAGAGGAAGUUGAUUGAUAGGAAAAUCAUGGUGUGGGCUUGGGUCAUGUUCUGUGCUCUCGAUUUGCACCGGCGCAACAUUAAUCGUGCAAUCUCCGACAACAUGCUUCCCGAGCUCGGCAUGACCACGAACGAUUUCAACUAUGGACAAACUGUUAGUAUCCGCAUGCGACAAGAUAUCUUUGGUUUGGUCAGCAAGAAGCUUGGCGCCGAUGUUUGGAUCCCUUCGAUCAUGGUUGGCUGGUCAAUUACGGCAGGAUGCCAGGCUUUCUUGUCAAACCGUGCCGGCUUCUACGCUGUGAAGGCUCUGCUAGGUCUUCUCAUGGGUGGAUUCAUCCCUGAUAUUGUUCUAUGGCUUACAUACUUCUACAAGUCUAAUGAGUUGCCUCUGAGACUCGCAUGGUUUUGGACAGCCCUCAGCACUGUCAAUAUCGUUGGCUCACUCGUCGCUGCUGGUGUCCUUCAGAUGCGAGGUGUCGCAGGAUGGGCCGGUUGGAGAUGGCUCUUCCUUAUCGAGGGUAUCGUAACACUCAUCAUUGGUCUCUUCUCGUGGGGUCUCAUGCCGCCCGGUCCUACACAGACCAGGAACUGGUUCCGUGGGAAAGAUGGAUGGUUCACCGAACACGAAGAGCUGAUUAUGGUCAACCGUUUGCUGCGGGACGACCCAAGCAAAGGUGACAUGCACAACCGCGAGGCUGUUGGACCGUCUCUUCUGUUCAAGGCGAUCAAGGACUGGGAGCAGUGGCCUUUGUACCUGAUCGGCCUUACCACCUAUAUCCCGCCGUCCCCGCCGAGCACAUACUUGUCCUAUAUCCUGCGCCGACUGGGCUUCUCGACGUUCCAGGCCAAUCUUCUCGCCAUCCCAUCACAGUUCUUGUUUGCCGUCAACCUCUUGAUUAUCUCUUGGGUUUCCGGAAAGUUCAAGGAGCGCGCCAUCGUUUCCUCCAUCUCAAACAUCUGGAUCUUCCCCUGGCUGGUUGCUCUCGUUGCACUCCCUGCCGAUACCAGCACUUGGAUCAGAUAUGCGCUGUUGACGGGCCUGCUGAGUUACCCUUACUGUCACGCGAUCUUGGUCGGAUGGAAUGCCAAGAACAGCAAUGCCGUGCGAACAAGAGCUGUUAGUGCCGCGCUGUACAACAUGUUCGUUCAGGCGGGUAACAUCGCGGCUUCAAACAUCUACCGUGAUGACGACCAGCCUCUGUAUCGCCGCGGAAACAAAAUUUUGCUCGGAAUCUGCUGUUUCAACAUUGUUCUGUUUUAUUUUGUCAAGGCCUUCUAUAUCUGGCGGAACAAGGUUCGCGACAGGCGGUGGAACGCCAUGAGCAAGGAGCAACAGGAGGACUACUCUAUCAACACCACGGACGAGGGGCAGCAAAGACUUGACUUCCGCCAUGACUGCAUCAAUGCAACUAAUGCGCGAAUUAUUGAUUGGCACAAUUGGUCAAUAAGGUCCGAGAUUGAUGGUGGCCUCGCAGGCUAUGGGUUUCUUGAUUUUUACGGCAUUGAGUGUAUUUUACUCGCCGUUUACUGUGCUUUUGCUCUUCCAGCUUUCGCCAAGCGCGACAAAACAUCAUCCAGCUCGGUCGACAUGCUUCAUGCAUCGCAAUCUAACGGUAAAUCAGGACUCUUUGAUCGCGAUUACGAGGCAAUGAAAGGCAAGAAAUAUGACUUGUUUAUGGCCGCAACAUCUCUCUUUGUCGGAAUCCAGGCUAUUGUCAUCUACAGCCCAGUAAGACCCAGCGUCUACGAGCUCAGUUUCCAUACGCUGGCCGCAAUGCUACCACUCAUACUAGAUUCGAAACGUCGUAGCUGGAUGAAAGGCGCUAUCCAGGUCAGUGUCUUUCUCAUCUACACCUCAAUCCAUCCAACGCAGAUCUCUGUCGGAGCUGCCAUAUUCACAACGGCUGCAAUCGUGUGGGUUCUCAGCGCUUUUCGACCUAUGUCUCAGCGUUAUCCUUUGCUUUUAUCAGUGCAACAACCGCAAAAUGACCCGACACUUGCCAUCCUCCCUUGGAUACCGGUCCCGGUGGAGUUCAAUCUGGAGCUCAAGACACGCAUGCUAUUCGUCUUCCAUUUGAGCUCAAAGUUGUGCGGAAGAAGCCUGUACGAAUGGUGUAUUCUACGUUCUAUGCCCUUUCCCGAAUAA